GGUGGAAUAGUGCCCCAUCAUUGGUGUCAGUGGGGGGGGGGAGGAAUAGUGCCCCGUCGUUGGUGUCAGUGGGAGGAAUAGUGCCCCAUCAUUGGUAUUAGUGACACCAAUGAUGGGGCGCUAUUCCUCCCACUGACACCAAUGAUACUUACCUUGCUGACCCCUGCUCCAGCCUGGGCUAGCUCGCUCCCUCCCUCUCCCAUGGUACACACUUACCGGUCAGAUGUCUUCCUUCUCCGGCCGCUCUCCUCCUCUUCACUCGAUGUUCGCGGUGCCGCUCGGCUCCUCCUUUCCAAGCUCCACCUCCUCGCCGGUGAUUGGCCGCCUGUGUGCCUCUCCUGAGCUACAGUUCCGACGGCCAAUCACCGACGAGGAAGGAUUGAUCCCGGGGGUGUGUCC